AUGCCGACUCCAAUCGUCGAUUCCCACAUUCACCUCUUCCCAGCCUCGCACCUUCCAUCACUAGCCUGGCAUGGAUCCAACAACCCUCUUGGCGCGCAACACAGCAUAGAUGAAUAUCGACAUGCAACAUCAUCCGUUCCUACAAUCCCAAGCUCACCAAAAUACCUCCGCGGCUUCAUUUUCCUAGAGACAGACCGUAUAUCCUCCAUCGCGGAAGAAGAUUUGAAUAAUCCAGGAUGGAAGCACGCAUUAGAUGAAGUAUCGCUCCUCGCGCGCAUCGCACUCGGCGAGCCAGUUCCAGGCGAAGGACAUCAACCUAUCGACGCCGAGCUUUGCCUCGGUAUUGUACCAUGGGCGCCAGUCCCCGGUGGCGCAAAUGUACUACAAAAGUACAUGGAACAAGUGAAAUCGCGCACGAAAACAGAUAAAGUAUGGCGCAAGGUAUGCGGCGUCAGAUAUCUUGUCCAAGAUAAACCUGCCGGGGUGAUGCUCGAACCAAAGUUCGUAGAGGCGUUACAAUGGCUCGGAAAGCAAGGUCUAGUCUUUGACCUUGGCGUCGAUGCGAGAAGUGGCGGGCUACAUCAGCUGCGUGAGUCCGUGCAGAUGAUGGACAAGGUAUAUGGUGGAGUGGAUGAGAGCGAACAAGUGACAAUUGUGAUUAGUGAGUCACAUCCUGGAUUCAAGUUUACGUUUUGUACUGACUGGGCAGAUCACUUGUGCAAACCUAAUUUGCGAUUGGACCCUGAAUCGGUUCCUACUCAUGCUGAAUAUCUUGAGUGGAAGGAGUUGAUUACACGUAUGGCGCGUGCGAGCAAUAAGACUUAUAUGAAGCUUUCUGGGGCUUUCUCUGAGCUCCCGCCGCUGAGUGCGGGUACUGAUCCGGAUAUCGCUUUGCUUGUUGAUCGUUUGCAGCCUUGGACGAAAGUUGUCUUUGACGCCUUUGGCGCGGAGCGUGUGAUGUUUGGUUCGGACUGGCCUGUGUGCACUAUUGGUGGCGGCGGAAACGAUGUUUCGUGGAAUAGGUGGACGAAUGUAGUUGAAGGGAUCCUGGAAAGGAGAGGCCUGACAGAAAAGGAGAAAGAGGGUAUCUGGGGACGUGUAGCAGUCAAUGCUUACGGAAUUGAUAUCUAG